ACCCUAGCGCCCCCCCCCCCCCCGACUCCCAUCCCAUCACUUGGCGGCCAAACCCUCCUCCGGCGCCGACAUGUCCUCCUCCUCCCCCCCGGCCCCGGCGCCGGUUCGGCUCUCGGCGGCGGCCCAGCCGGCCGCGAUCCAGCCCUCCUCCCCGCGCUUCUUCUUCUCCUCGCUCGCGGGGACCAACCCGGCCUCCCCGCACCGCCGCAUCGCCAUCGCCGUUGACCUCUCCGACGAGUCCGCCUUCGCCGUCAAGUGGUCCGUGCAGAACUACCUCCGCCCGGGCGACGCUGUCGUGCUGCUCCACGUGCGCCCCACGUCGGUGCUCUACGGCGCCGACUGGGGCUCCGUCCCGGUCUCCGUUUCCGACGAGGCCGACGGCGCGGACGGGGAGGACGCCGCCGCCGAGGGCGCCUCCGAGGAGGAGCUGCGGAAGAAGCGGGAGGAGGACUACGACGCCUUCACCUCCACCAAAGCGCAGGACCUGGCGCAGCCGCUGGUCGACGCACAUAUCCCCUUUAAGAUCCACGUCGUCAAGGAUCACGACAUGAAGGAGCGCCUCUGCCUCGAGGCCGAGCGCCUUGGCUUGUCCGCUAUGAUCAUGGGGAGCCGCGGUUUCGGUGCCUCGCGGAAGGGCGGGAAGGGGAGACUUGGGAGUGUUAGUGAUUAUUGCGUGCACCACUGUGUCUGCCCGGUUGUGGUUGUUCGCUGCCCGGAUGAUGCUGCAGGUGCCGGUGGGGAGGCAGCAGGGGCAACUGAUGAGCUGCACACUGUGCCCGAGGAUGAGCCUGUUUAUCAUGAUGCGCCUGAGGUGCACAAAGAAAACUGAUGCAAUGGCAUGCAGCUGAAGCACGAAGGAAAUCAUGAGGCUUGUAGUGAGGCCAUCCCGGUGUAUUUGGAAGAUGCAACUGGCUGCUUAUCUUUGCUUCUAUAUCCGCUGCAUAUCAUAAACUGGGUUGACCAGCAGGCUGUUUUCCGUUUUGAGUUUCAUACUGGAGUCCUAGAUCAUCGGAGUCUUUGUUUGAUUGCUUGCGAGAUGUUUGUGUUGUCGACGCCAUGUAGAGUACACCUCCCAUGGGUAGGAGCCUUCUUACAGUAUGCUGGGGCUGGGCUCCUAAAUCUAUCAUGUUUUUGCAAAAACCAGGCAUCUGAGGUGAUGAUCAUUGCAUUCUCACGUAGUUCUCUGUACGGUAUCAUCUGCUCUACUCGGCCUGGUUACUGUAUUCGAUACUUGGUUAAUGGAGAACCACUACUUUUCUGUA